AUGAUCAUGAGUUCGUUUUUGAUGAACCCGGGACCGUACACUGAGCCUAAGUUUCCACCGACGGACGAGUAUUCACAGUCAAACUAUAUUCCUCCUCAUAGCUCGGAAUAUUAUCGUCAAACUUAUCAACCACAGAUACCUAACUAUGGUUAUGAUCCCAUACAGGACAACAGGCGAUACAGCGAUGACAAAUAUACUCCGAACCUCUAUAAUGGGUGUGGAGGAAGUGAUUCUGUAUCCCCCACCCAUCCCUCGUCCCCCGCGCCAGCGCAUUCAGGAGGGGGACCUGGAGGUGGUAUACUGAGUGGAUUCAGUCAGCCAGCAGCACCCUCCCCAAGUCCCCCUGCUGUACCGUCACCUGAUGAACAACCUUCAAAAAUGUCACAAAGUAGUUCUUGUGUAGAACAAGACUCUGAUGGACAACCAGUUAUUUAUCCAUGGAUGAGAAAAAGUCAAGGAAAUAAUCCCGCAGGAAACAACAAUAUUAUAUCAGAAUCCAAAAGAAACAGGACAGCUUACACAAGACACCAGAUACUCGAAUUGGAGAAGGAAUUCCACUUCAACAGAUACCUUACGAGGAGAAGACGUAUAGAAAUAGCUCAUACACUGUGUUUAUCUGAGAGACAAAUUAAAAUCUGGUUUCAAAACAGAAGAAUGAAAUGGAAGAAAGAACACAAAUUGCCAAAUACGAAAACACGACUUAUGGACGCCACAAACUCACCUCUGGAGCCAUCACAUCACCAUUUUGUUCACAGUAUGGCCGCACUUGCAGAGUUAACACCUAUCUAG